AGCGCACCACCACCGACGUUGGACAGCAGAAGAAGGCGUGACCAGGCGGCAAUGACAGCGCAGUGAGGAAUCGAAACUGAAACCUAACCCUGAAAGAAUACAUUCAGUGGAAGUAAAACUCACCUGAGUCAUUUUUCUCCUACGCUCUACGAGACACACGUCGCGCUUGGUUCUGCUCCCUGGAACCAUACGUAUAUAUUUUUUUAAAUCUCGUGUUUAAUCAUGCCUUUGCGCGAAACUAUACUUUCUUAUUUUGAGGGAAGCCCACCGGGUAGCACAUUCACUGCCUUGCAAAUAGCUAAAGCUGUGGGACUGAAGACGGCAAAAGACGUUAACGGGACCUUGUAUGGGCUUCAGAGAGAAGACCGAUUGUGCGUUUCUGGUAACCCACCUCUGUGGUCCUCCUUGCAAACAAGUGAUAUUGCUCUAGAACUAAGUGAGGAACACGGGACGCCGACAAGAGAAACAUCUAGUAAAGACGAAAGUCAUUUAGUGGGGGCUUUGAAAAACGGGACAAGGAUGACGGCAAAACAAAUUGCCAGACACUCUAAGCAGAAUAAAAAGGAUGUCAACAGAACUCUCUACAGCUUGAGUAGGCAAGGAAAAGUGAAAAAAGUAGAUGGAGAUACCUGGGCUCUCACUGACAGUGGCAACGAGUGGUCUGACACAGGAGAAAGUGACACCAAAGAUGCGACUUGUGGUGACAGAGCAGAAUCUGGUUUGAGUUUUGCGAGCUUUGACAUGGUCAAAUCUCUUGGCGAAGGAGGAUAUGGCUAUGUUUAUCGAGUGCAACACAAAAUAGAUAACAAGCUCUAUGCAUUGAAGAUUGUUGAAUAUGACAGGGAGGCAGACAGAGAAGUGAGAGCCUUGGCCAACUGUGAACACCCAAACAUAGUCCGUUACAUCACAGCAUGGCCUGAGCGCUUCGACUGGAGUAGUCUUGACAAAGACAGCAUGUCUCAGCAAUCAUCUCCUCCUAUCUCUCGAACUGACAGUGACGAUGAGAACCUGUCAUGUCUGUCAAAACACAGUGGACCAAACUUCAGGAGGUGUCUGUUCAUCCAGAUGGAGUUCUGUGAGGGAGGUACACUGUGCGACUGGAUUGCGGAGAGAAACUGUGGCAAGUCAAAGAGGACCAAAUGGGAUGCUCUUGACGUGUUUCAGCAAGUUGUCCUUGGGGUGGAGUAUAUUCACUCGAAACAAUUUAUCCACCGAGACUUGAAGCCUGAAAACAUAUUGUUUACUGCUGAGGGGAAGGUAAAGAUAGGAGACUUUGGGCUGGUGACAUCUGCUACGAACCAAAAUGGCGGUAUCUUGAAAAGAACAAUAGGAGCAGGAACAAAAACCUACAUGAGCCCUGAACAGAUGGACAAGUCCGACUAUGACAACAAGACUGACAUAUAUCCCCUCGGGUUGAUUUGUUUUGAGCUCUUAUGGGAACUGACUACAGGUUCUGAAAGGGCAAAGAUAUGGCCUGAGUUAAGAAAUCAGAUAUUUCCUGCUGGCUUCUGUGAAAACUAUUCCUCAGAGAGUCAGCUCAUCUACAAAAUGCUGUCCAAAGCACCAGAGAAUAGACCAUCAGCUGAAGAGAUUGUGAAAUACAUCAAGACUUUUCUGCUCAAUGAUUCAUUUCCUUCAAGACAGAGAACCGUGUGACUUCAGUCCACUAUAUCUUCGGUGGACUACACUAGUUGACUCUUCUUAGCCUGAUCUCACCUUGUACUAAUUUCAUUCCUACAGAAGGUCUGGAAUGGCCAAAUUGAGAAAUGAUUACUGAUGGCAGGGGUGAAGUCUGUUGAAGUUUGAAAUGUGCAUCUGAUUGUACCCUGUCACUGGCAUUCGGUCGUGACAUGUAAUCUGCUCGUGUAAUGUGUCAUUGUCUGUUCCCCAAUUGCUGAUUGGCUAGUUCUUUGGCAACAUGAGUAAUCUCCUGCCAGAAGACCUGCCCCAGGUGUAACAUGGAGAUAAAUAUGAAUUGCAAGGCCAGGCUAGACUGUUUUGGAAGUAAUGUUUUUAACUGUAUCUGGCGAGAUGAAUAGCAUUGGAACAUUGUGUCGGUAAAUGCGAAUUCACUGUUCUGAGGACACAAAAUCAUGUGAUCUCUGGUGUUUUUUGUUGUUUUGUUACUUCUUGCACAUUCUGCUUCCCACUGGUAUGUUUGUAUAUGCCAGACAUGAUCAACUGGCGGACCCAGGUCCGGAUGCGGACCCAAACGCAAUGUCAUCCGGACCAAGACAAAAUCCAUCUGUAUUUAAUAUGUAUCAAUUAUACAUGAGAUUUCGCUGCCAUGCGAUCUAUAGGUGUAUUUCGCCAGUCUUAUGACAAAUGAAAGUAUCAUCACUAUGACAACUCAGUGAGUGAGCAUGAGGCCAGUGCGGCCAGCAAGUGAGGCUAUUUUCUGCAUCGGUCCGUAGCGACUUUUUUGGACCCUGGAAACAUAAGAAGUUUGGCGAGUGGACCUUUUCAGUUUCUAGUUGAGCACCCCUGGUAUAUGCAGUUGAUGAUUGUGGUCCUGGUGGUGGUGGUUUAUGUGUUAACACUGUAUCUGUAUCUGUCCUGUCAUUACAGUUGGUACAAGGAAAGAAUAGAGAUGGAUGAUGAAAUAGGCCAUCAAUAUAUAUGACUUUACAAAGCUAUAUAAUGUAAUUCUAUUCUUUGACUAAAAGUUUUUGAUUAUUAUACAAAAGCUUUUUUGGAAAUCAUGUGGACUGUCAUAUAUGUAUUUUUGAAAUAAAAAUAAUUCUAUCAUGA